GAGCAUCAGGCGCGGAAUCGAAAACUAGCGAAGCCGUGAGCCCUCAGUAACCUAGGGAAAUAAUACUUGUUCUUAAUAUUAAUCUGCUGAGUGCCAUAUUGUAAGCAAUUGUAUUACAUAUGACACAUCUUGAAACCUUAAAUCAGCUUUAAUGUCCCGUUUGUCAUGACUGUGAAUGUAUUUUAGGGUUAAGGCCCCCACGAGGUGUCGCGUAUCUAACACCAGGCCUGAUAAACCAAUUUUGUUAGCCAGUUAGCACGUACGUCUUUGGAUACAUUUAAAUGUCACAGACUCUGUAACCAAAAUGUCUGGAUUCAGUUUUGGAUCGACCCCGAUGGGGCCCACUAAUGCUGGCGGAGGCUUUUCUUUUGGAGGCGCAACAAGCGCCCCUGCAGCAAGCACUGCUGGGUUCGCGUUCGGUGGUCUUGGCGGUGUUACCGCCACCCCUGCAGCUGCCACAACAACGACCUCCGCAAGUUUAUUUGGAGGUGGUAGCCUCUUUGCCCAGAAACCAGCUAGCGGCUUUUCUUUUGGUACCCCUGCCCCAGGGGCUGCUGCACCAACUACUGGACUCACACUUGGUGCUCCAGCAGCAUCCACUGCUCCUGCCACAGGUUUCGGCGGCUUCGGGAAACCAGCUGCCUCAGCCCAACCUUUUUCCCUGACCACCACCUCAGCCCCAGCCCCAGCCACUGGUCUCAACUUUGGCUCAACCCUCACAUCCACAGCCCCACAGACUAGCAUGCCAGGGUUCUCCCUCAACCUGGGACCCACAGCCACCAGCUCUGCAGCCCCCACCGCUGGCCUCUCGCUCGGCUCCAGUCUCUUCUCCAACAUGGCCCCCCUUGGUUUGGGGCAGCCUACCCUCGGUCUAGGUUUGACCCUGGGAGGUUUGGGAGGUUUGGGAGGUUUGGCCUCUUCCGCUGCCACCACUAUUACUGCUGCUCCUGCAGCCAGCGUCGGACUGGGUGGGGUGGACUUCAGCACAUCCUCAGAGAAGAAGAGUGAUAAAUCAUCUGGCGUCAGUCCUCAGGACAGCAAGGCUCUUAAGGAUGAGAAUCUACCUCCAGUCAUCUGCCAGGAUGUGGAGAACUUUCAGAAAUUUGUGAAGGAACAGAAGCAGGUGCAGGAGGAUAUCAGUAGGAUGUCCUCCAAAGCCAUGCUGAAGGUGCAGGACGACAUCAAGAACCUGAAGCAGCUGCUGUCAGUCAGUGCCAGUGGGCUGCAGAGAAAUGCCCUGGCUAUCGACAAACUCAAGAUGGAGACGGCACAGGAGUUAAAGAAUGCUGACAUUGCCUUGAGAACUCAGAAAACCCCGCCUGGUCUCCAACACGAGAACACCGCCCCAUCCGAUUAUUUCCGAGGCCUGGUGGAGCAGUUUGAGGUGCAGCUGCAGCAGUACCGGCAGCAGAUCGAGGAGCUGGAGAACCACCUCACCACACAGGGCAGCGGUUCUCACAUCACACCGCAAGAUCUUUCCUUAGCCAUGCAGAAACUCUACCAGACGUUUGUGGCCCUAGCUGCUCAACUACAGACGGUGCAUGAGAAUGUGAAGAUCUUGAAGCACCAGUACCUGAACUACAGGAGGGCCUUUCUGGAAGACUCCACUGAUGUGUUUGAGUCCAAGCGUGCCGCCACCAAGAAGUAUCUGAGCGCCCCGCGCGUCACCACCGGCCCUGCCCCCUUCAGCAGCGUCCCCAAUGCCACGGCCGUUGCCAUGGCUGCCACACUGACGCAGCAACAGCAGCCUGCUCCAGGGACACAGCCAGCCCUGGGGGCAGGCUUUGGGACUCCCUUCGCCUCAGGCAUGGGCGCUAGCUUGGGCUCUUCCGGCCUCGGAGCAGCGUUUGGAAGCGGGCCUGGAUUCGGGAGUGUAGCCACAGGAGGCUCUUCGUUUGGGUUCUCCUCCAGCAAGCCUUCAGGAGGAAGCCUAAGCGCAGGCUUUGGCAGCUCCAGCACGUCAGGAUUUAACUUCAGCAACCCUGGUAUCAACGCAUCUGCAGGACUGACAUUCGGCGUGUCAAACGCCCCCGCAGCAGGAUUCGGCGUGGCUGCUCCCCUCCUGCAGCUGAAGAAACCCCCUGCGGGAAACAAGCGGGGCAAAAGAUAAACCCACUGGUUGAGUGGGGGGCUUAAAGGCUAGCGCCUGUGCAGCAUAGGGGGUAGUAUGAAAUGUAUCUGUGUAAAAUGUCUAUUUUUAUAUCAGGCAGGGGCGUAAGGGAUAAGUCAUUAGCACAUUUAAAAAUGAGUUCUUUCUGUAUUUGUCUUUGUUUUUUACCUGUUUUAUUUUUUCCUGCCCUCUUGAUUAUGAUGCACUUCUUCGUCCUGUGCCAGAUGGACAGAGAAAGAGUGUGCUGAUGUUGGCAUAUGUAGAUGUUGUGGAUGAACUUUGUGUUUGCGAAGAACCUCUAAAGUGACUGAUGAAAGUUUCGAGCACACUUGCAAAUCCUGUUGCUUUGUGUUGUUGAUGCAUUCAAAUGCAUGUGCACUGUGUGUGUGAGGGAGUGUGUGAAGUGAACCUCUUAUGGCGUCUUGGUUCUCAGUGUCUUAGUCCAUUGCUGUAUUUGUUUAAAUCUGUAAGCCUGGUUUGCCUGUGUGAAGAGCCAGUCAAUGCUCUGUUACUUUGGACUUCCUUUGUUUCCUUUACCAAAUAGUGCAAAAGGUCUUUUGUACAAGUACGCAGAAUUUAUGUGUAUAUGUGUAUUUUCCAAUUUUGAAAGAGCAGUUUAAUAAUAAAAAAUAAUGAACAACAU